AACAGCUGUUGUUGAAGAAGAAAACAUCAAAAAUGCCUGCCCCAAAGAGAGGAACAGCUCCUCAUGACUCACAGCCCAAGAUAAGGAAGUUGGAUGAGGAUGGAGAGGCUCUGCCAUCCAAAACUGCUCCAGCGACUAACACACUCAAAACAGGAAAUAUGCUAGAAAAGACGGCAGCCCCUCGGACUAAGAAAAAACGGUCUUCUUCAGUGGAACAAGUGAAUAAACCAGCCAAAUCACCCAUACAGAGCUCCCCCUCAAAGGAUUGCAUCAAAACCAGCUCUGACCCACCUGUCAAAAAAGCCAAGCUCCUGAAAGCCACAAGUGCCUCUUCUGGAGAAGCUCACUCACAGAGAGCCAACUCCAAUGCUUCCUUGAAGCGAACAGCCUCCACUGACUCUGACGAUGAUGCAAGUAGCGAUGGUAGUAAAGUUGACUUCUUCAAAGAGAGGGAUGAUGAAGACAAGGCCCGCUGCAUCAGAAAAUAUUCAAACAAAGUGAAAGCCAAACGCAAAGAUGAGCAGGCGUCUUAUGAUCCACAGGAAGCAAGCCAAGAUUUACCAUCUACAUCUAUGGAUCCUAUACACAUUGACCACAGUUAUGGUCGAUUUUCUGAAUCCCCAUGUCUUCAGAUCAUGGGGGAGGGUAAUGAAAACAAAGAAUCUGGUGAGCUUUUUACUGAAGACGAGAGACAAAAAAAAUCAGAUAAUUCGACACAAGAAGUGUCAACAGGAACCGGGAUUGCUGAAGAAAGCAUUACAUUUAAAUCUGCACCUGAAGAAUUGCAUAUAGAUAAUGAAAUACAUAUAUCUUCAAGCGAUUAUGUGGAUAUCAAUGCAGAAUUCCCUGUCAGAUCUCAGACCAAGGAAAAUGAACAGAAGGAUAAAGCAGAAUCCAUCAAAACUGAAAAGGAUGUUGAUAGUGAAACACUAGUAAUAUCAUCAGAGAAAACGCUACAUUCUGUUGCUGGAAAAGUAAAUUCAAGUGGUGAAGGUGAACCGCAUGUAGGUGAAAGGACAGAUUCAGCUUGCAGAUCAGAAAUUAGGACUGACCUGAGCACACAGUUUAUUUUAGAGGAAGAAGAUCUGAAUAUAAACUGUAAGACAAAUGAGCUUGAGCUUGAUGUGCAGGGUGUAACUGAAGAGGCAGGAACCUUUGCUGGUCACAGUGAUGGUGAAUUAGAUGAAGCAUAUAGAAAUGAAACAAAUUCUGCUGAGGGAAAUAUAACGAGAGGAGAGUCUGCUGAUAAUUCAGAGACUCAAACAGAACUCGGAGUAAUUUUCAAAGAGCAGCUGAACUCUGCAGAGAUACAAGACCAGUUGUCAGAUACAGUCAGUGGCUUGUGUGAUGAUGUGAACAAAACGGCUGGAAAGUCUCAUGAAAAGCUUGAAGAAUGUGACAAAAAAGAAGUUGAUAUCCAGUCUUCUCAGACUGCUGCUGGUCCGGAAGCUUUAGUUGAAGUACAGUUGAGUCAUGGCUUACUGACAGCUGACAGCUGUGCUGGUACUGAACCUCAGUGGACUGCUAACAAUGAGCAAAAUCAAGAAGAUGGACUUUCUGAAAGUUUCAUAAUUCCUGAAAGUAAAAUGACACCUGCAGUGGAUAUACAAAGUCGAGAGAACCACUUGCUUAAUGACGAAGUACUUACUGAAGCUAAAGAAGAUUCUACAAACAUAGAUACAGAAAAGGACAUCAUGCUUAAGAAUGCUCCUGCAGCAAAUGGCCAAAUCAAAGUGGAUAUACAGGCUUCAUAUCCAGACAUUACAGUGGAAACACUAAGCCAAGAUGCUCAUGAAUCUACCACAAACCCAACUACAAAUUCCCAUGAGAGUUCUGCUGGAGAAAAUUGUGAAAUUAUUGAAAACAAAGAAGCCGUGAGCUUGGAAUGUGGUAGUGGAACUGAAAACAAAAAAACAGAGACUGUAGCAACGUCAGAGAUCUCUCAUCUAGGGCCUACAGUAGAAGUGCAAGAGCAGGAAAUCCAUGAGGUCCAUGAGUCAGUCACAGAUGUGUCUACAGAAAUUUCUGAUCAUGUUACAAUUGAUAAACAUGAAACCAUGGAGACCCAUGAACAUACACAUUAUUCUGAGGGCCAAAGUGGAAUGGCAGUGCAAGCUGUCACAGCGUUUGUGCCUUCUAAGCCAGAAGCUGAGAUGGAAGCACAAAUACAGGAGAACCUAGUCAGUGAACCCACCACAGACAUUUUAAAUGAAUGUCAAAAGGAUCCAGAGACUGCAGAUUGUAAGAACAUUGAAAAGGUAGAAUGUGUAACUGCAGCUGUCGAGAGUGAAAGAGAAGUGGAUUUACAGGCUACAGCUACAUCAGAGGAGGUCUGUAACAUGACACAGAUAGUGGAAACACACUGUCAGAUGAACGAGGUGGUCAGUGAACCUACUACAAGCAUACCUGAUGCAAGGGAAGAAAAUCUGGAGACUGUACACUGUAAAAACAGUAAUGAUACUGAAUGUGUUGCUGCUGCCAAAUGUCAAAUAGAACUGGAUGAACAGACUGCAGCUACAUUAGAGGAGUCCUGUAACACAACUCAGAAACAUGGCCCAGUAAGCCAGGUGGACAGGGAAGCUACCACAAGCAUAACUGAAGUUAAAAAAGAUCUGGAAAGUGAAACCUGCGAGAAGAGCGAAGAUGCUGAAUGUGUUAAUACUGCUGCUGAGAAUCAAAUGGAAGUUGAUCUGCAGAUUGCAGCCACAUCAGAAGAGGUUUGUAAUAUCACACCAAUAGUAGAAGUACACAGCCGGAUGGGCAGUGAACCUGCAACAGACAUAUCAACUGAAUUUAAUGGAAACCUUGACCUGGAAAAUCUAAAAACUUCUGAAAACAAUGAGGUGAAAUUAGAAUUUGAGGCCAGAACGCACGAUAAGAUGGAAGUAGGAAUGCAGGCAUCAUCUGUGAUGGAGGUUUCAGAUCUAGCCCCUUUGGUUGAAGUAAAUGAAAGUCAAACAGAAGUGACUGUGCAGACACAAGAGGAUAGUUCCAUCAUAGUAUCUGCUGUGGAAAUCCAGAGUCAGAAAAGCCAGGAUGACAGUGGACAUGCAACAGGCAACAUAUUGAAAGAGAUUCAUGAAGAUUUAAUGACUGGAAAUUCACAAAAUGUUAAGAACGAAGAUAAGAUAAAGUCUGUGCUUGUGACUGUACAAGAGAAUGAAAUUAAAAUGGAAAUGCAGAUCUCAUCAGCAUCAGAGAUUUCUGAAGCAGCCUCUUUAAUGGAAAUGCAGAGUUGGAAAAGCCAAAAUAAAGAAGAAAUACAAACUGCAGCACCAUCAGAGCAGGAUUCUACCACAUCAGCAGUGGAAAUAGACCAAAAUGUCCAAGAACAAAGUUUAGACACACCAUCUGUGACUGUGACAGAUAAUCAAAACACAAUGGAUACACAAACUGAAUCAAAACUGGAGAUUUACGUUUCCACAACUUCAGCUGAAACGCAUAUCCAGAAGUGCCUGGAAGUCACAGAGCCUGCAAAAAGCAUUUGUCAAAAAAUUGAGGGACUUUUAAGGACUCCCACUGAAGAGUUUAAUGAAAAUGAAAACGGGGCUAUCACAGUGUGUGUCAGUACUGCUGAGCGGCCAGAUGAAAUGGAAACACAAAUGGCAGAAGAGUUACAAGAGAUUUCUCAGCCAGCAGCUACACCCCCAACACAAAGCAAAACAGGUCAGGAGGUCACUGCAGUCACCACAAACACUGAAGUUGAAAACGAUUACAUCAGUACUGAGAGUAAACACAAUGCUGACGCCGAGAUUCAUGUUGAGAAGGACGUGCAGACAUCAGUUACACCUGAAGAGAUUUCUGAUUCAAGAUUUGGUCUAGAAAUCCCAAACCUGGGAAGUCAGGAGCAAUGUGAAUUAGAUAAAAACGAAGAAAAGGCUGCUUUAGAACUUGUUCCCCAAAGACAAGCCAAAAUGGAAACUUCUGCAGAGGAGACUUCUUACCCAGCAGCUAUAACAGAACCACAAAACCAUGUGGCAGAGGAAAUCAUUAAGCACGAUGUGGACUUACAAAAUGAAAUUCAGAAACUAAUUUCCAUUGAUAAUUUGGAAAAUAAGGAAGAUGACAGACCGGCUGAGCCUGGUGCAGAGGAUGUUCAAGGGAAUGUGGAUGUAAUAAGUGGAUCAAUAGAAAGAGAAGAUUCUGCAUUAGGAGAGGAGAUGAAAGAGCAAGCGAUUAAUGAGGUCAAGGCUGACAGAUCUGACAGUAAUACUGAAGAAGACGGGGCUGAAAGCAGUGAAGUAAUCGUUUUUGUUUGUGGCCAACCAGAUGACACUGAUAUUGUUAUUCAAGCAUCAGAAGAGCAGAUCAAGUCAGCAAAUCAGCGAGAGAUUGAGCUUCAGGAAAACCAGGUAGUGUAUGAGCCUAUUAGCAGUCCAGAGAGUGAUGAUGACAGGGGGGUCUGCACUACAACAGAGCUGCAUGAAGGAGUUUCUUUACUGGACAUACAGAGCACUGACACCCAACACAUAGACGGGGCUAUAUCAAUUUUUUAUAAUGAAACAAAAGAAAUUGCAGACCCCAAGCUGGAUUGUGAAGAAAUUUUAACGGAGGAAGUCUGUGUGUCAGAAAGCAAUGCAGUUGUUGAAAUGGAAGAACAAACUAUGAGUGAACUGCACUGUCCUACACGUGCCGAGUUGGAGCAGAGUAAUGCAAAUGUGGAUGUGGAACAAGUCACAGCAAUCAGCUCAAGUGAUGUUAUCAGUGUGACAGAUGGCUCUUUAGAAGAUGCCACAGAGCAAAGUCAAAAAAAUGCCUUCCCAGAGUGCAUCAGAGCUGCAGAGUCAUCCGAGCAGGUGCAGGAGGAUACUGGACUUCUGGAGGCUGCAGACAUUACUGUGACCGCAACUCCAGCCACAACUGAAGUCGAAAUAAGAGAUGGUCCAUCUGAGGAGUAUGUGAUCUUAGAACCAGUCCCAGAAAAUGAUAUUGAUAUUGUCACUCAGGCUGCAGCCGAAUCAGGUCUGUCAGCCUCGCUCUCAGAGGCGGCCAGUUCAGGUGUUGUUUUGGUGGAUGAAGUGGCAAAUCAAAGCAUUUUAAGCAGCUCUCAACAGACUCUAUUUGUUGAAGGAGGAGCACAGCAAUGUGAAACAGCUGAUGGAGUCAAAGAUGCUGAAGUGACCAGCUCAAGCGAGAUUGUAAACCAGGAGACAGAGAUGGUCAUUCUUCAGGAAGUUAAAAAUUCUGACCACUUAUCUGGUAUGGUGGACAUGAAGACAGUAAACUCUCAUACAGGGAGUGACGCUGUGAUGAUGGAGAAUGCAGAAGGUAGUUUGGAACUACAACAGGUUCAAAUUCUGGAAGAUAUGGAGAUCGGUCAUGAAAUUGUUGUUGCAGAGGAAGAGAAUGAGGAAGACAGUGACAUAGUGAUAACAAAACCACUGGAAGACCUUUCUAAAAUGUCUGAAGAAAAGGUAAAUGAGAAAAAUAAGGCUGGUGCCAGUGAGACUGUGAAGCAAAACAACUCUACAGAAAAGACUGAAGAAAAUAAAAAGGGACGAGAGGUAGAGAAACCCAAGAAACAAGAAAUGAAUACGCAAGCAAGAACCAAAGCUCGUCUAGCAGCUCUGGCUGAGCAAAAGGCUGCAGAGUCGAAGAGAGCAGCACACAGACAGCAGCUCAACCUCUUAGCCCUGUGUCAGGAAAUCGCAGAGGACAUUGCCACAGACAGCAUGUUGCUGAAGAGGAUAGAGGAAGAAAAACAAGCAGCAGCGGUGGCUGCAGCCAAGGCUGAAGGCAGCAAGAAAGAAUGUCCGCCUGUUGAUGCACAAGAUGCAGACCCUGUUCAUGUUGCAACCCCUGCUGGACCAGAGGGGUCCUCUGCUUCGGUGGCCCCUGCACCGGAGCCUCCAAGCACCAAACCCUCGACAACUACAUCAGCUGAAAGCAAGUCAGCUGCAGAGCCUCAAAAAAGACGCUUCUUUAUUUCACAGGUUUCUGUGCCAUUGAAAGCCCACGAGAAAAAGAAGCUUACUCGAUAUCAAAGACUAAGACAGGUUGAACUGCAGAGAGAGAAAAUGUCUUGGGCUCGUGUCAAGAAACUGAAGUCUGACCAAGCAAAUCAGAUGUUUUCAGAUGUGGACUGGCAAGCACCUUUUUCUGCCAGCUCUCUGUUUUCAUCAAGUCCUGCUCCUGCAACAACUCCUCCUGCAGCCAGUCCAUCAAAAACACCCCCCACAAGUCCUGCCACAGCUACCAAACCUGCUCAACCAAAGGCAGAUGCUCCCAGGGCUGAGACUCCAAAAGCUGAGCCAGCAAAAACGGAAACAACCAAAACUGAACCUACUAAAUCAGAAACUGCUAAAAUUGAACCAGCUAAAACUGAAACUUCCAAAGCUGGACCUGUGAAAGCUGAAACUACCAAAACUGAUCCUCCUGCUGCUGAAAACCGACGAAUUACAAGGCAGAGUAAGGCUCAAGCUUCCAAACCUGGAGCAGCUCCAGAACCUUCAAAAGUGACCAGAUCAGCAUCCAAGAGAACCCUCCCGGCAGUGCCUCCUCCCAUGCCCAACGGACUUAAUGCUCAAAAACCGAAGCUGGAAGUGGAGUACAAGCCUUACCGGCCCAGGCCCAAGUACUCGCCUGAUGAUUUUGAACUAGAUGAUGACCCAUUACCAGUUCAUCCUGCAAAGCCGAGUCAUCUCAUGCAGCCACCUCGACCUAGGCCUCAGUCCAACCCUGCAGCUCAGUCAAAACCCACAACUCCUUUAAAACCCACUGGUUCAUCACCGCUUGCCAACCAGACAAAACUCAAAGCUCAGACCACACCUCCUAGACAGAUCUCAGGUCAGUCAAAGCCAACUGUUGCAGCUCAAGCUCAGAUAAAACCUGCACAAUCAAAACCAACUCAAACAGCGGCCUCUCAGUCAAAGGCUACGACUGCAGCUCCAUCAAAACCUGUUUCUUCAGGCCGCGUUCAGUUAAAGUCUGUUGGCUUGACUACAGAUCAGUCAAAAGCUUCUUUGGCUCCAGGUCAACCCAGACCUGCUGUUUCCACCUCACUCCUGUCAAAGACAGUUGGAGCAAGUGUAACACAGUUGAAACAGUCUGCACCGACAGCAGCGCAGCUGGCUGCUUCCGACACGUGUGCAACAAAGACUGAUGUUGCUUCAGUGCCUCAGAAAUCCACAAAUCUCCCAUUGAAGGAAAAAGACUAUUGCAAGAAUACAGCAUCAAAUCCUGCCUCUUCCCAUCCCGCUGUGGAGAACUCCAAAGUGUCUGAUGACUCACAGAAGUGUGAAGAAAAGCCUGCAGUUUCUGUUGAUCCUUCUCAAGAGAAUAAAUUGGAAACAAUCAAGACAGAGAAGUCAUCAGAAAAGCCUUACCAAGAGCAAGCAGUGAAGCCUCCAGAUGGUGUGACUCCUCUUUCUGAUGCUUGCCUGCAAAAAGAGGUCAAGAAACUAAAGGAGGCUGACAACGAUAGCUCUCAGACUAUUAUUGAUGCAGGACAGAAGCAUUUUGGAGCAGUGGCCUGCAGUGUGUGUGGCAUGCUCUACUCUGCUGCCAACCCUGAGGACGAAUCUCAGCAUUUGCUCUUUCACAACCAGUUCGUCAGUGCUGUCAAAUAUGUGGGAUGGAAAAAAGAGCGGAUACUAGCAGAGUACCCUGAUGGCAAGAUCAUUCUUGUCCUGCCAGAUGAUCCCAAAUAUGCUUUGAAGAAGGUGGAGGAGAUCCGGGAGAUGGUGGACAAUGACCUUGGCUUCCAGCAGGUGGAGUCAAAGUGUCCCUCUCAGACCAAAACCUUCCUCUUCAUCUCCGUUGACAAGAAGGUGGCUGGAUGUCUCAUAGCCGAGCACAUACAAGAGGGGUACAGAGUGAUUGAGGACCCUCUCCCUGAGGGAUCAGAAGGGGAGAAGGUGAUGUUUGAACGUCAGAGAGCUUGGUGCUGCUCCACAACACCAGAGCCAGCCAUCUGCGGCAUCAGCCGCAUCUGGGUUGUCAGCAUGAUGAGACGUCAGGGCAUCGCAUCGCGCAUGCUCGAGUGCCUCAGGAAUAACUUCAUAUACGGUUCCUACCUGAGCAAAGAUGAGAUUGCUUUCUCAGACCCCACUCCCGAUGGAAAACUCUUCGCCACACAUUAUUUUGGCACCUCUCAAUUUUUAGUUUAUAAUUUUGUGAGUGGGACUCGCUCGUCCCAGCCCAAAACCCAUGCAGUAUGAUGGCCUGUGGGAAAGGGGAAAUGGUGGAUUCACAUGAGACGUUCACUGAUGGAUGAAACCCUCUCUCAGUAGUUUCCAACACUGAAUCUUCAUCAUGUGUAAAUAUACAAGCUGUAUAUUACUCUUUGAAGAUAUCACUCAAUGGUAUAAAUCUCAGGAUGAAAACAACGAGGUGUUGAAAAAUGUCAUGAAUUCACCUUUUAAUCCCUGCAUAGUAUUUUGGAAAGAUUAUAGUAUUUUCUUUAUACAGUUUUAACCGAACUAUUGGUUAUAUUAGAAGAAUAGUUUACAUGCAUGACUUGACGGCAAUAGAAACGAAGAGCAUAUCAUGUUUUCAUCAUGCUGAGUUAAACACUUAUUUUAGUUUGUCCUCACUGUUUUAACAUUUUUUAAACCGAGUAACACGGAGGGGCACCUUUGGCAGGGAUGCUGUCAUCAUCUCCAGUUGUGGUUUUAAGGGCAAAACUGCAAAACAAUUUGGAUGAAGACUUGUGGGUUAGGACUGUAGCUUGGGCAUUUAGCAAGUGUUCUAAUUUUUUCUUAGAUCACCUUGCCUGAGAUGUUGUUUUCCAAGCCGAGCCAUUUACUGUACACCUUUUAGCAGGGCAUUGUAGCCUUUACUGUGUGAGCGUUGUAUUUAAACUUCACCGAGUUUGUCUUUUCCUUUGUGCCUGAAUGACUUCAGAUGUUGAUUUGUAUUAUUUUCUUUUGUCAUGUUUUUUCUGAGCAGAAUAUGGCUUUUUGUUCAGUUAGUGUAGAGUCAUCUUCUUAUUCCUUAGUAGUUAAUUAAAAUGUAUAUCAAAUAAUCAUGUAGAUUUACUCAUUGUAUAACAAGAUUUAUAAUGGGAGAUGAGCAAGGCCUUAAGGCUCGAGUUUUAAGUGGUAUCUCAGUGGAUUAACAGCAUCAUUAUAAUCCAUCCCUUAUUUUUCUUCCUCCUUGUUAAGCAGUCGCUUUUAGAGAGAUGUGUUGUGUAAGAGAAAAGAAAUUUGAUUUAUACAAAGCUGUUAUGUAAAUAUUUAUUUAAAUAAACAAUGUAAAACA